GGCGCGGCGGUGGCGGCGGCGGCAAGCGGCGUUCACACGUUCCCAUCAUCCACUUCGGUACUACCCGGCUCGCAGUCGAGCGUCGUACGUUGCGCGGCGCGGACGUGACGCUCGUGUUCGCUCCCCCCGGUGCCUGUUUCUUGGUGUCGCGCGACUCUCAUAUACGUACGGUACGUAAGAACGUUUGACGUGCAGACACGGUGUCGACUUUAUACGCGCGCCUUCUUGCGAAAGUGUCAGUGCGAGACGGAAAGCGCGCGGCCGCGAGAAAGAGAGAGAGAAGGAGCGAGAAAGAAGAGGAUACAAAGAAGAAGAAAGAAAGAAAGAGGACGGCAGGAUGAGUGUGCGGCAGGAAACGCGAGUGCUUUUUCGCCGCAGUGCCAAGACGGAUUAAGGAGGAAGAUGCGCGCGUCCACCGAAUCUCGUAGUCCGAGGAUCUAGAGAAUCCGCGGCUCUCGCAUGGAUUUUACGAGGAACGGAGCUGCUGCACGACGUGUAUCGCUUUAACGACACGCACAGAAGCUAUCACGACGGCAGAUCGAGGAAAGUGCCGCGGAUGUACGUCAGAAACUUGAACGAGAGCCUUGCAAAGUCGUGCCGGCGCGGUUUUACGAAUUAAUCGAGGAUCGAGGAGUGUUCGCGCGUACGCAACGUCAACCGCGUGAUGAUUCGCGUUGUGCUGUGAGCGUUGUGCCGCAAGAGGAUCGAUCCGGGAACUGCGAUCGUCGUCAAAUGGAGGCUCUGCCGAUGGAUCACGAGGAUACGGCAGCCAGAACCGAGUCCGCAUGGUGAAAUGAACGUGUGCGAGGUGUACCACGGACGCUGCAGCGAUUUCUAAAAAGCAGACUUGCCCAAGACUAAGAUGUACCCCGCGCCGGCGAGACAUCCCGCCGCUCCCGGUGGCGGCGGUAGCGGCGGGGCUGCGGGCGGACUGAAAUUCACGGUGGCGGACACUUGCGAGAGGAUCAAAGAGGAAUUCAAUUUCAUCCAGCAGCAGUACCACUCGCUGAAGCUCGAGUGCGAGAAGCUGGCCAGUGAGAAGACCGAGAUGCAGAGGCACUACGUUAUGGUAAGGCACUUUUACUACGAGAUGUCGUACGGUCUCAACGUCGAAAUGCACAAACAGACGGAGAUCGCCAAGCGGCUGAACGCAAUAAUCGCGCAAGUGCUUCCGUUUCUGGCGCAAGAGCAUCAGCAGCAGGUGGCCACUGCCGUCGAGAGGGCGAAGCAAGUCACCAUGUCCGAACUGAACGCCAUUAUCGGGCAGCAACAGCAGCAGGGUCUCCAGCAACUUCUGCAACAGAUCCAUGCGCAGCAACUGCCCCAUGGUGCGGUGGUCGGCGGUCUUCCGCCGGGCGGUCUGCUGGGCUUCGCAGGUGCGGCCGCGGCGGCCGCAGCUGCGGGUGUGCCGCCGCACUUGGCGCCGCCGCCGCAUCCCGCGGCCGCGGCUGCGGUUCAGGCUCAGGCGCAGGCGCUCCUGAAACCCGCCGAUCUUCAGCAACAUCGCGCGGCCGCGGAGACGCCCGAAGAUCGUAAGCCGAUCGCUCUGCCGGACGAGAGGCUCGGCCACCGUUCGGUCUCGCCGCCCGAGAAAUUUCGCAGCCGCACACCCGACCUCGAGAGCGACCCCAAGAGGCGGAAGGAGGAGAAGCUAGGACACGAAAGCGACGCUGAGAAAAGCGAUCAGGACUUGGUCGUGGACGUGGCGAACGAGGAGGCGUCGUCACCGCACGCGAAUGGGGAACACUCGGAUCCACGUGAGAACGGCACCCUGGAGAAGCUGGGCGCACCGGGCCACGUUGGCGGACCGGCAUCCGGCGCGGGCUCAGCAUCCGUAAAGGACAGGCCGCCAUCGCGCAGCGGCAGCUCCUCCGCCCGUAGUACACCGUCUCUGAAAAGUAAAGAUGUCGACAAGCCGGGUACACCUGUGGCGGCGGCGAGGGGCUCGCGCAGUUGUACGCCAACUAUGGGCGGCAUCCCUGGGCCCUUGCCAUCGCGGGUCUAUCAUCCGCCAUCGUCGCAGCAAACGCCACCGCAGGGUUAUCAGGGCUUGCCAUCCCGCGGCAAUGAGCCGCCGCAGUCGCCCUCGCCAUACAGCAACUUGCCAUACGCGAGGCCCUCCAUGCUCGGAUUCGACAGUCACAUGAGGAUAUCUGCAAGUAACGGGCUGGGCAACAUGACAGGCGGCAAACCGGCCUACUCCUUUCAUAUGAACGGCGAGGGCCAGCUGCAGCCCGUACCGUUCCCCAACGAUGCUCUAAUAGGACCGGGAAUUCCACGUCACGCGCGCCAGAUUAACACCUUGACUCAUGGCGAGGUGGUCUGCGCGGUCACAAUCUCCAAUCCGACCAAGUACGUCUACACCGGCGGUAAGGGUUGCGUCAAGGUUUGGGAUAUCGGCCAGAGUGUCGGCAGCGCCAGCAUGAAACCGGUUUCGCAGCUGGACUGUUUGCAACGUGACAAUUACAUUAGAUCCGUGAAGCUAUUGCCCGACGGUAGGACCCUGAUAGUCGGUGGUGAGGCCAGCCAGCUGAGUAUCUGGGACUUGGCGAGUCCCACGCCCAGAAUCAAGGCUGAAUUGACUUCAUCGGCGCCCGCCUGUUACGCCCUGGCGAUCUCGCCUGACUCGAAAGUCUGCUUCAGCUGCUGCAGCGACGGCAACAUCGCCGUGUGGGAUCUACAGAAUCAGACAUUGGUCAGACAGUUCCAGGGUCACACGGACGGGGCGUCCUGCAUCGACAUCUCCGCCGACGGGUCCAAGUUGUGGACUGGUGGCCUCGACAACACCGUGCGCUCCUGGGAUCUUCGCGAGGGCAGGCAGUUGCAGCAGCACGACUUUUCGUCGCAGAUAUUCUCUCUCGGCUAUUGUCCGACCGGUGAAUGGCUGGCGGUCGGCAUGGAAAAUUCGAACGUGGAGGUCCUUCACGCCACGAAAUCCGACAAGUACCAGCUGCAUCUGCACGACUCGUGCGUACUCUCGUUGCGUUUCGCCUCUUGCGGCAAGUGGUUCGUCUCCACCGGCAAGGACAAUCUGCUGAACGCGUGGCGUACGCCGUACGGUGCUUCAAUAUUCCAGUCUAAAGAGUCGUCGUCGGUGCUGAGUUGCGACAUCUCCGCGGACGACAAGUACAUCGUGACCGGAUCUGGCGACAAAAAGGCCACCGUAUACGAAGUGAUCUAUUGAAUCAGUUGCCAGUGAAGAGAGGGACUUGCCUUUCCUUCCUUGAUAAAGAUUUAAAAUUCACGAACUUCGUUAAUGUGUGCGUGCUGUCCAUUUUGCGAGGAAGAAAGGAAGAGUUCCCGAAAGUGGAAGACUCUCAGCAGCCUUAGGACCCUAGAUCGUGCGACUGGUAACCGUGUACAUAUACGCAUAACGCGAUUCUGUACUGUAAUGGAAUUACGCUAGAAGAAUGGAAAAUCGAUUGUACGUGGGUCUGUGUAUGUAUGUACGUAUGCGUGUGGCUGUGUGUGUGUGUGUGUGUGUGUGUGUGUGUGCAUGUGCACGUGCCGCGUGUACGUGCGAACGAGGAUCAGCGGUGUAUAUUAAUUUCGCGCGUGCGUGUCCCGAUUUCGCGAGUGCACGUUCGCCGAUUCCGCCGAUUACAUAUGUAUGGGAUCACGCGCGAACGGGACUUUUGUUUGCCGCGCGUAUACAACGAGAACACACGCGUUGACGAUGGUCACGACGUUAGCGGAGCGGUCCGCAUGCGCGUUAAAGUAAACGAGAGGAGCCUUCGCAAACGGUGAUGUUAGAUAUACAACACGAUUUUGUAGCUACGUAAACGUAGGAUUAUAACGCGCCUAAAGUGGACGGCCGAUAUCGCGAUAGCGCGUCAGGAUUUUAGUCUCGCUUGUACGCGAGGAGUCGCGCCCGUCGAGACAUUGUUUCGAAUACUUCUCAUCACUUUUGUAGUCGCCGUAUCUCCAAACGCGUCGUAUCAUGUGUUGUAUGGGCACGAAAGUACAGAGGAAUAUAUCUGAAAAACGUUCGGGGAGGCAGGUGUCUCGGAGGAGAACGCCUUCCACGCGUUGCAUCUUCUUUUUUGGAAACUUGCGUUGGAGCUUUCAUUAUGCACGUUGUCGAUGUAAAGUUAAUCCGCUGUGAAUAAUGAGUAUGUAUCGCGCCGGAUGACGAUUAGGUCUUGAACUCGGUUCGGUAAUUUCUAAUUUCGAUAAAGAAAUUAUGUGCUACGUCGAGUAGUAAUUUGCCGUGUGGCGCGAGGCGACGGCAUGUCAGCCGCCGUUCCCCGGGGCCGUCUCCUGAUCCUGUCGGUGUCGGUGUCAGUGUCAUGUACUGUCGCUGCUCGAGACAGCUCACGGCAUGAACUAGUUUACGAACGACUACCUUUUUGCAUCGUAAAUAUAGAACGAUACCUACGUGUAAUAAUCGAAUUUCUACGUGAUAUAGCGCGCGCGUAUGCGUGCGACGACGAAUGGCAGACACGGAUCCCUGUACAGAGUCCUUGUACAUAUUCGACGAUUGUGAUUAACGAUUAUUAACGAGAUAACGCCGGACACGGUGUGCUCUUUAAAUAUACCUAUGUAAAGUACAAUCCCGUGCACAAUCGAAACAAAACUAUUUCUCUACUUUAAUUAGAUGACACUUUUAAUGCGCGGAGAUCAAUAGAGGCGGACUUUUCGCGGCUUUUAAUCUGCCCGCAUGAAUAUUUUUUGAGGUUGCGAUCAUCCUUACGCGAAGGAACAUUGGAGCUUCUUACCAUCCAAUUGCGAAACGUUAGCGCGAAAGUGCGAUUUCGUAAAUUCUGCUUUUGAUUGAUCUUCGCCCGAAAAUUAGUUGGAACGAAAUUUCUCGACAGACGGACGAGCGCGAAUUAUAAUGCAUCAUCAAAAUGAAUGCGCAAUAAACUUGUGAAAUUAUACGGUUCUUCAUUCUACAUCCUUAAUAUGCGCGCGCGUGAAAUAUUCAAACCAAACGAGCUCCUCUCGAGCGAGAGGAGCGGAUAGUUGUGUGUUUCUUAUUUGACGACUAAAAAUUAUAGUUCCCGCGAUUCUCGUCUUGCUGACGAACGUACGACGAAUUGAAGGAUUUGAUUAACGCAUUAUACGUAGGCGAGAUACGUCAUGUAACUAACGAUGACGUACCCACGCGAACCUCUCGACGAGAUAAAUAAGGGUCUAUUCCAUUAUUCCCCGCCGCUGGAUUUUUAGCAAUAAUAAUAUGUGACAAUUGAUA